UCUAGUUUCUCCACUUGCCUAUAUAAAACAACUCUUUGUUGGAGAAAAUUAAUUACGAGAUGGUUAGAACACCUAGCUAUGAUGAAAAUGGAAGGAAGAAGGGAACAUGGACACCUGAAGAAGAUAAGAAAUUAGCAGCAUAUAUUACAAAAUAUGGCUCCUGGAAUUGGCGCCAACUUCCCAAGUAUGCUGGUUUAGCAAGGUGUGGAAAGAGUUGCAGACUUCGAUGGAUGAAUUACUUAAGUCCCAAUGUUAAAAGGGGGAACUACACCAAAGAAGAAGACGAAAUCAUCUUGAACCUCCAUGCUCAACUUGGAAAUAAGUGGUCGGCAAUUGCGGCUCACUUGCCAGGAAGAUCAGACAAUGAGAUAAAGAAUCAUUGGCACACAACACUCAAGAAGCAUGCUACCCAUAAUGCCACAAACUCAUCAAGUGAUAAAUCAAGCAAGAAAUGUAGUAAUAAUAAGAAUAAGAAUACCAAAAGUAAUGCCAGUAAAGAUGCAAGUCCUAAUAAUAAUAUGCAUGAAAAUGCUAUACUAGAAAGUUCAGAAUGGUCGCCAAAAGAGUCAUUAAGCGAUCAAGAACUAAUCUCCUCUUAUUCCACUAGUGUUGAUUAUCAAAACGACGUUUUUCAAGAAGAAAAUUUGGUGGAAAUAACUAGCGGAAGCUUUUGGACAGAACCAUUUGUUGUAGAAAGUUUCAAUAGUCCUAGAAUUGAUUUUCUAGGUCCACCUUCAAUAGAUUAUGGACUCGUGUGUCCACCUUCUCCUUUUAUAGGUGAAGGAUUUGUUUCCUCCUUUGAUCUAGAUGAUUAUAAUUGGUAAAAACUAGGGUUUGGGUUCGUUUGGUUGGGGGGUGGGUGU